GGUUAGAAUCCAGGAGCCUUUACCCUACGGUUUGAGAAGAGAGCAGGUGACCAUUUCAAACGCCUAGAAGACAAGUUAGACGGCAUCACACCGCAGCACUCCUAUGCAAGUGCGACAGCUGUUUCAGUUCCAAGCUCUUAUUGCUGCAAGUCACCGUCUCGGUUCUUAAAAACCAAAAGGUGUGACUGGCUUCUCUCAGCCAAUCAGCAUCGAUCUCAUUUGCAUGCGCUCGUCUCAAACGUUUGCCAACUCCAGACAUGCCCAUAAGCCCCUUAAACACCGUUCUUCCCGGUGAGAGGCGCAGUGUGCCCCGCUGCGUGCACAGCAGUGGGAGCCAGGGGCGUCUGCCCGGAGUCACCCUCAGCCUCACCGGAGUCCACGGGUGCCCCGCGUUCUCGCCAGGGCCCGCCCCGAAGUGCUUACAGCUCUUUUUGAAUUUGUCCAGCAGGUCUUCCGGCUCGUCCCGGAAGGCCCUCCCCAAACCGCGAGUUCAUGGCAACAAUAGAACCACUCGGGGCCCGGGCGGGCGUUCUUCUACCUGCUCGUUAGAGCGUCACGCCCCCGAGUGUUCCCAGUUCCUCGGGGUUCCGUGGGGUACUCUGGGGGGCGCCCGAGGAACUUCCGGCUGUGGCUGGCUCUCCCCCCGCCCCCAGUACCCCGGGGAACCGGUCGGCGGCCUCCCCCUCUUCCCGGCAUUUCCUAGGUCCUGCCGUCCGUGCUGCUCCCGUGGCGCUAUGGCGUCCGCCUCGGCCCAGGCUGCGGCCCUGAGCGCCGAACAGGCCAAGGUGGUCCUGGCCGAGGUGAUCCAGGCGUUCGCGGCCCCCGAGAACGCCGUGCGCAUGGACGAGGCUCGGGACAUAGGUCAGGUCAUCAAGGCCUAUGGCUUCAGCUGCGACGGGGAAGGUGUCCUGAAGUUUGCCCGCUUGGUCAAGUCUUACGAAGCCCAGGAUCCUGAGAUUGCCAGCCUGUCGGGCAAGCUGAAGGCACUGUUCCUGCCGCCUAUGACACUGCCACCCCACGGGCCUGCUUCAGGUGGCAGCGUAGCCGCCUCCUGAGAGUUGGCCUCGCCGUGACAUUGCCUGGGAAGGGAAGAUCUCCGUGUCCCGGUGGAUAAUAAACAUGCCUGUGAUUUCUU